UUGCCUGCCUGCUGACCUGGAGGUGGGGGCGUGGCUCUGAUCCCUGGCGGGGAGGGAUGAGGAGGGAGGAAGGCUCCUUAGAAAAGAGCCGCCAGCCCAGGACACCCCUAACCCUGGCCUUGCAAUCAGCGCCUUCGGAGUGCUACCAGGUGAAUGGGGCGGACUACCGAGGCCGCCAGAACCGGACGGGGCCCCGAGGCAGUGGUCGGCCCUGCCUUUUCUGGGACCAGACGCAACAGCAUAGCUACAGCAGCAGCAAGGAUCCCCAGGGCCGCUGGGGACUGGGCGCGCACAACUUCUGCCGGAAUCCCGACGGAGACGUACAGCCCUGGUGCUACGUCGCGGAGACAGAGGAGGGGAUCUACUGGCGCUACUGCGACAUCCCCACGUGCCACAUGCCGGGCUACUUAGGCUGUUUUGUGGAUUCCGGGGCUCCCCCAGCUUUGAGUGGCCCCAGUGGCACCUCCACCAAACUCACAGUCCAGGUCUGCCUGCGCUUCUGUCGCUUGAAGGGAUACCAGCUAGCUGGGGUGGAGGCCGGCUACGCUUGUUUCUGCGGCUCCGAGCGGGACCUGGCCCGGGGACGCUCAGCCCCGGCCACAGAUUGUGACCAGAUCUGCUUUGGCCACCCAGGACAGCUGUGCGGUGGAGACGGGAGGCUGGGCAUCUACGAAGUGUCCGUGGGCUCCUGCCAGGGGAACUGGACUGCCCCCCAGGGUGUCGUCUACUCCCCGGAUUUCCCAGACGAGUAUGGCCCGGACCGCAACUGCAGUUGGGUUCUGGACCCGCCAGGAUCCGCCCUGGAGCUCACCUUCCGCCUCUUUGAGCUGGCUGACUCCAGAGACCGGCUGGAGCUUCGGGAAGCUGGCUCCGGCCAGCUACUGCGGGAUUUCGAUGGGACAAGGCCACCACCCCCUGGGCCCCUGCGCCUUCCUACUACUGCCCUCCUGCUUACCUUCCACAGCGACCCCCGAGGCCAUGCCCAGGGUUUCGCCCUCACCUACCGAGGGAUUUUGGAUCCUCUUGAGGACAUGGGAUCCCCUCGAAGCUUGGCCCAGACCUUGCCAGUCCCCAUGGAUGGAACUAACUGCAGCACUGGGCCUGGGGAUCCAGACUCUGGAAUAGGGGCUGGGGUCUUCUACGCGGUGACGGUGGUGUCAGUAUUGCUCCUCAUCCUCUUCUACUUCUACCGCCUGCUUCGGAAACGGAGCUGUAUGCUGGCACCAGGGAAGGGGCUGAUGGGGCGACUACUGGUGCUGGGGCCUGUCAGGGGAGCUGGGAGAAGCUGGGUCGUCUGGUAUCGCCGGCCCCGUGGGGUAGCAGUCCCCAGUACUACUGGAGACCCCACACCUGAGGGUCCGGCUCUGGGCUACCGGCCCCUCAGUGCCUCCAGUCAGAGCUCCCUACGAUCCCUCAUCUCAGCGCUUUGACCCAGACUGGCAAACCCACUUCAGCUCCUGUGGGCAAACUGCCACACAUCCUCUGAAAUCUGCCCAUUCCAGACAAACCCAGGUUUCCUCACUGGCCCCUAUCACCCAUUUCCUUCCACCGAUUGCCUAGAAUGGAAUCAGAAGUCAACAGGGGGAAGAAACCUUGGACACCUGCUUCCCCACUUGUGAGUGGAAAAGAGAUGGGGCGUGGGGAGGGUGGAGAUCAACUAGGAAGCAGUCAAACCAUCAGCAUUGUUGUUGGAUCUCAGGAUGAUUAAGGUCCAAAAGCAACAGGAAAUACAGAACUGUGGACCCUCUACUCAGCUCCCCCAAGACCAUGUAGCUGCAGCUGAAAGUAAGUUCAAAAGUAAGGGGCAAUCCCUUAAUGUGACAGGAUUACUGGGAAAUGGUGCCCCUUUCAGGAAACUCCAUGAAGCUGAUGAAGAGGUCACAGGUCAAGAAAAAGGGGCCAAGGACCUGACCUAUUUUGAAUAAAGGGACAUAUUUUUGUACUGACCCUGGAGCAGUCUACUUGCUUGGAAAAGAGAGGGGAGGGGUCAAAGAAGUUAUGCACAGGAGAGGAAGAGAAGGGAUAUGUCCAAGGGGGUUGGACAUAGAAGAAUUGUUGGAUACUGGGUCUGGAAUUAUUAAAAGAUGGGGAAGAAAUUCAAGAGUAUAUAACAAUGGGAGUGGUUUGUACAAAAAUUAUGUAAAUAAAAGAUUGCUGGAAGUGAUUUAUGAGAAUGAGAGGAAAGGAAUAGAAAGGGCAAAGCCAGACUUGAGUCAGACAGAAAGUGAAGAGGGUCCAAGACCCUCAUGGAUUGAACUCCUUCCUGCUGGCAUGCAGAUAAUCUUAACAAGAUUCAGUGUUGUAAUCUUUCCUGCAGCAGACAUUAUCAUUAUUACUCUUCUUCCCCUUCCCUAUACUCCCCCCCCACCCUGUCCCCACCUUUUAUCUCAUUUCUCACAUUUUCCUUACAUUUUCUCCUUUCUGCUAACUAGUAUUUGUAUAGUCGCAAAGUGAUAUGUGUAUGUACAUAAUGUCAUUUGAUUCUUACCAAACCCUAUAAGGUAGUGCUAUUAUCAUCCCCAUUUUACAGAUGAGAAAACAGAAGCUGAGAGAGGUUUAUUAACUUGCCCUGAGUCACACACCUAGUGUCUGAGGCAGGAUUUGAACUCAGUUUUCCUGGACUCUAUUCCACCACCUAGCUGCACCCUCUCUCUCCCCAAAAAAACCUUUUUUGUAAAGUUUCAAGAUUCUUGAAGCGUUUUCCAGAUGGAAAAAAGAAGGCAAGGGCAGCUAGGUGGUGCAGUGGAUAAAGCACUGGCCUUGGAUUCAGGAGGACCUGAGUUCAAAUCCAGCCUUAGACACUUGACACUUAACUAGCUGUGUGACCCUGGGCAAGUCACUUAACCCUUAUUGCCCUGCCCCCCCCCCCAAAAAAAAGGAAAGGAGAAGGCAGGAUGACAAUAGAGUUAGUUGGAUUCAUAAGUAACUCAAGGUCUACACCUUUAGACUAGUCAUUCAUGGUUCGAUGUUGGGAAGUCUCUAGUGAAGUGUUCCAAGGAUUUCUCUUUGGUCCUGUGUUCUUUAACAUUAUUAUCCAUGACUGAGAUAAAGGGAUAAUGAUAAUAAAUGACACUUACACAACCUUUUAACGUUUGUAAAGCAAUUUAGCUAGAUGAUUUCACAACCUCCCAACAACCCUGUGAGGGUCACCAUUUUACAAAUGAGGUAACUGAGGUGCAGAGAGGGCAGAUGACUUACUCAUAACCCUACAGAUGGUCUCUGAGGUGCGAUUGAGAACUAAGAAUACAGGUCUUGAUUCCAAGUCAAGGACUUUCAAUGGUCUCCCCUCACCUCUUUUAAUAUAGAUAAAAACUAAACUUCCCAAGUACAAGAUGGGGGCAGUGUGAAUCUGGGGGUCUUUAGUGGGCUGUACGUUCAAUAUGAGUCAGCAGUAUAAAAUAGUAUGCAAAAAAGGCAAUACAAUCUUUUUUUUUUUUCAAUCAGUCAAUGAAUAUUUUUUUUUAAGGUAAUACAAUCUUAAACUGCAUUAAAAAUGUAUUGGUAAGGGGCAGCUAGGUGGCACAGUGGAUAGAGCACCAG